GUAUUCGCUGGGUAGGAAGAGGUAAAGAAGUCUAUUGUUUUGAUUGGUAAGGCUGUGUAUCAGCCUUAUCACGUGUAUCAUGUCCACCUUUAUUAGUCAAAUUCCUGAUUUCGAAUUUCUUCGCCUCUUCUUCAGCCUUUCCUAGCUUCUAUCAUCAGGUCAUCAAAAUAUCAACGUCACUUUGUCGCAAAAGACACGCUGAAUCACACAAUAUCGAUACCAUUUCCUACAAACCUCAUAACAACAUACGCGUUCCUUAAUUAUGCCACCACAAAUCAAACAAGAUCUCAAUCGCUCCGGAUGGGAAACCACCGACUUCCCCUCCGUCUGCGAAAAUUGUCUUCCCGAUAACCCUUUCGUACAAAUGAUUAAACAAGACCACGGCGAAGAAUGCAAACUCUGCACACGACCUUUUACCGUCUUUCAAUGGAAAGCUGAUCGUACAGCUCGUAGUAAACGCACCAAUAUCUGCCUCACAUGCGCGCGGCUGAAGAAUUGUUGUCAAUGCUGUAUGUUAGAUUUGAGUUUCGGAUUGCCGAUAGUGGUUAGAGAUGCGGCGUUGAAGAUGAUUGCCCCGGGACCGCAGAGUGAGGUCAACAGGGAAUACUAUGCGCAGAAUCAUGAGAAGGAAAUCGAGGAGGGGAAGGGAAUGGAAGAGUAUGAGAAGACGGAUGAGAAGGCUAGAGAACUUUUGAGGAGGUUGGCGAACAGUCAGCCUUAUUUCAGAAAGGGGAGAAAGAUGAUCACAGAUGGAGAAGGUAGUGGUAGUGGUGCUGCAAGUGGAAGUCAAAGUGAGAAGGGAAUAGCAUUGGCAACCAAAGGACCAGGACCGAUACGAACACGAGAUGGGCAACCGAGCAGGGGUGCUGGUCGGGGUGGUAGAGGCGGGGCCAGAGGAGGGAGAGCUUUCCCUAGUGCGGCGCAAUUACCACCAGGGCCUCAAGACAUCCUACCACCUUCCGACAAAUCAAUAACUUCGCUUUUUAUUACUGGUGUUGAAGACGAUUUGCCAGAAUAUAAGAUUAGGGAUUUCUUCUCGCCAUAUGGGAAAUUAAGAUCAUUGGUCUGUUCGCACAUGUCGCAUUGCGCAUUCAUUAAUUAUGCGACGAGGGAAGGAGCCGAAGCUGCAGCAGAAGCCUUACAAGGGAAGGCUAUAAUUGCAGGUUGCCCAUUGAGAGUGCAGUGGGGAAGACCCAGACCCAUUGGUACCAUGGAUAAGGAUGAGCGCAUAGCUACCGGCAGGGAGGGACGUUCCGCAUUUUCGGGUUCGGGUUCGGGUUCACAGAGAAGAACGACUGAGGGUGGUGCUUCACAAGUUGCAGCUCCUCGGGAUGAUUUGGCUAGUAUGUCGGCAGUUCCUGCUCCACCUGGUGCAGGUGACGUGCAAUAUGCUAGUUUGGCCGGUAAUUAAGGGGACCGAUGAAUGGGAAUUGUUCUUUCGGGUGUUUGGGAGUUGGGAAGUCA